AUGCAUCAAUUUAGCAAGGACCCCAAGUUCCAUUUUGAGAUCCUCCGCGCUCUAGCCAUGGCGCCCUACGAUGGCGCGGACAUCGACGAGUGUCUCGUGGCUGCCAAUUCCAUCGUGCCUGGCGACUUUGAGAGCUUCGCGGCGGCAUUUGUGGGCAUUGCAAACACAGUCUACGAGCGAGCCUUGCGGGUUGUCAAAACCAGGUUUCCCAUAUCUGCGCGAACCGCAUUUUUCAGCGCUGCCACGUACUUCCGGAGUGCCGACUUUUACCUACACGGCAAUCAGGAGGACCCUCGAAUUAUGGACUAUUGGGCUAAGCAGACGGAUGCGUUUGAUCAGGGUCUCGCUCUUCUCUCGCCUCCGGGCACAAGGUUCAACAUCAAAACUCCUGAAUUUGAUGUCCCCUGCAUCUGGAUGACGCCAGAUCAUGAGGUGAAGCAACGGCCGACCAUCAUCAUGGGCAACGGCUACGACGGAUCUCAGGAAGAAAUGUAUCACGUCGCGGGUCUGGCUGCGCUGGAGCGAGGCUACAAUGUCCUCACCUAUGAAGGACCCGGGCAGCCAUCACCACGUCGGUACCAAAACAAGGGUUUCAUUGCGGAAUGGGAAAAGGUUGUCACGCCCAUCAUGGACCACGUCCUCAACAUGACGGAGUGGGUCGAUCCGAACGCCGUCGCGCUCUAUGGCCUCUCUCUAGGAGGCUAUAUGGCCCCGCGUGUAGCCGCGUUCGACCACCGCUUCGCCGCAAUCAUGGCCAUGGACGGUGUAUGGGACUUUGGCGCUGUUGUCCGCCAUGACUUUGGCCCCGAUGCUAUGAAGAUCCACGCCUCGGGUGAUAAGGCGAAAUUCGACCAGCUCGCUCGGCAAUAUCUGAGACCAGGCGUGCCCACUGGUCGCCGCUGGGGUCUCGAGCAAGGCCUGUGGGCAUUCAAUACAACUUCCCCAUUCGAUUUUGUUACCGAAGCGCAGAAAUUUACGCUCGCAAAAGUUGCCCACCUGAUUCGAACCCCUGUGUUUGUUGGCGAUGCCGAAGAUGACAUCUUCUUCAAGGGGCAGCCGCGGCAGUUGGCCCAGGCGAUUGGAAAGUGGGCUACUUUGUAUCAGUUUAAAACCAAGGACAUUAUCGGAACGCACUCAGGCAUUGGGGCGUUGAAGCAGCAUAACCAGGUUAUUUACGAUUGGUUUGAGGACAUUCUUGACGGGGACAACUAG